CACACACACACGCAGAUGGAGGAGGAGCUUCGGCUUUGGCUUUGGCUUUGGCUUUUCUUUUUCUCGCUUUCCUCUUUUCCUUUUCUUUUCCUCUUUUAUGUGUUCCCAUCUUUUCCGAUUUCCUCCUGAUUAUUUUAUGGGAACAAAUCAUGCUGUCACGUAUGCAAAUGCACUGCAACGAGUCUUUUGUGAAGCCAAAGUGGGAGGGGAUGGCCUGAAAAGGACUGGUAAAGCAAAAGAGAGCCGAGUGAGAGAGAGAGAGAGAGAGAGGGGAUACAAAGGGAAAGUGUGAUUUCGGGCACACCAUUUGUGUUUUUCUGUCGAACUAUGUUCAUGACUUUCGUUCUGGGACUAGACCAUGGCUCCCAGCAAGCUCUUUCCUGGUGUUGUCUUCUCCGUUGUCUUCAUGGUCCUCUCUUCUUCGCUCCCUCCUCUCUGUCUCUGCUACGAGCCUCGCAACCAUGAAGUGGAGGCUUUGAUCGGUGUAAGGAGAGAGUUGGAUGAUCCGCAUGGAGUUUUGAACAACUGGGAUGAAGAUUCUGUCGACCCCUGCAGUUGGGCUAUGAUCACUUGCUCGAGUGACAAUCUAGUCAUCGGCUUAGGAGCUCCUAGCCAGUCUUUAUCGGGAACUCUGUCUGGGACUGUAAGAAAUCUCACUAAUCUCCGACAAGUGUUACUGCAAAACAACAAUAUCUCAGGCAACAUCCCACCAGAGUUGGGUACUCUUCCAAGACUCGAGACUUUGGAUCUCUCCAACAAUCACUUAUCUGGUCCAAUUCCUGAGUCUCUAGGGCAAUUGCAUAGCCUACAAUAUCUGAGGCUAAACAAUAAUAGCUUGUCUGGUGCUUUCCCUGUGUCUUUGGCCAAAAUCCCACAGCUUGCUUUCUUGGACUUUUCUUACAAUAAUCUCAGUGGACCUGUGCCCAAAUUCCCGGCUAGAACAUUCAAUGUUGUAGGAAACCCAUUGAUAUGCGGAAGAAACCCUACUGAAGGGUGCUCUGGAUCAACCAUUCCUAUCCCUCUUUCCUUCUUGCAUACUUCUGCUGAUGAACCUAAGUCCAAGAAAUUGGCAAUUGCACUUGGGGUCAGUCUCUGCUUUGCCACACUUGUUCUGUUGGCUAUCGGGUUCCUUUUACAUUCAAGGAGAAAGAAAUCUCAUACCAUCCUCAACAUCAAUGAGAAGCAAGAAGAGGGGCUAAUGAGCCUGGGAAACCUCAAGAGCUUCACUUUCAAAGAGCUGCAAUUGGCGACAGACAAUUUCAGCUCCAAGAACAUACUUGGGACCGGAGGUUUUGGCAAUGUGUACAAGGGUAAGCUCGGGGACGGGACUAUGGUCGCGGUGAAACGUCUGAAAGACGUAGUUGGGACAACCGGAGAAUUGCAGUUCCGGACUGAACUGGAGAUGAUCAGUUUGGCAGUCCAUCGCAACUUGCUGCGAUUGAUUGGAUACUGUGCCACUUCGAACGAACGGCUUCUGAUCUACCCUCACAUGUCCAAUGGUAGUGUUGCUUCAAGGCUCAAAGCAAAACCAGCGCUAGAUUGGAACAUGAGAAAGAAGAUAGCCAUUGGAGCUGCCCGGGGUCUCCUAUACCUGCACGAGCAAUGCGAUCCCAAAAUAAUCCACAGAGACGUGAAGGCAGCUAACGUGCUCCUUGAUGACUAUUGUGAGGCCGUUGUCGGCGAUUUUGGCCUCGCGAAGCUCCUGGACCAUGCUGACUCCCAUGUCACGACUGCGGUUCGUGGUACAGUUGGACAUAUUGCUCCGGAAUAUCUCUCGACGGGCCAAUCAUCUGAGAAAACUGAUGUGUUUGGCUUCGGGAUUCUCCUGUUAGAGCUUAUAACAGGAAUGAGAGCUCUCGAGUUUGGCAAAACAGUAAAUCAGAAAGGAGCAAUGCUCGAAUGGGUGAAGCAAAUACAUCAAGAGAAGAAAGUGGAACUUCUGGUGGAUAAAGAGCUGGGGAGCAGCUACGACCGGAUCGACGUGGGAGAGAUGCUCCAGGUGGCGCUCCUGUGCACCCAGUACUUGCCGGCCCACCGGCCCAAGAUGUCCGAAGUCGUCCGGAUGCUGGAAGGCGACGGGCUCGCUGAGAAAUGGGCUGCGACUCACAACCACUUGAACCCUGCCACGAACUUCUCCCUCAUCACCAGCGCCGCCAAAGCCAACGGUCACGGUCCCGACCGGUCGAGCGUGUUCGGGAUGUCGGUCGACGACGACGACGACGACCAUUCCUUGGAUACCUACGCCAUGGAGCUCUCCGGCCCGAGAUAGCGCGCCAAACUAGGAAGGAAAGCAAAAGAAGCAAAAAGAUAGCAAUGUGUGAGCAUGAUUCUUUAGAGCAACUUUUAAACCGUUAUGCCUCUUCUUUCAAUCUUUUUUUCCCAAUGGUGGUGUACAUACACAUCUCUUUCCUCUCUUUUCUUCCAAAUCUCAGUUACUCUUUAGGGGUUGUUCUUCACCGUGCAAAAAUGUAGAUGGGAACUGUGGAAGACCAUAUAGAGUGCAGCCUUUGUUGGGCCUGUUUUUUGUGUGGCAGAUGGGAGGACAGCAGCAUCAGAUGCUGUGCUCCCGGGUGUGGGACAGAGAUUGAGAAAUUGAAACUUUUUGUGGUAUUUGACUA